UGAAAAGCAGCGUAUCAAGAAGAAAACUGCCGAUCUGCCUACCUACUUACCUAUACACUAGUACAUACCUACCUCUACAUUCCAGAAACACUUAUCCAACAUGGCCGUCGCCGCCCCCAUAUCCCCCUCACACAUCGCGAUCGUCAAAGCGACCGCGCCCGUCCUAAAAGAGCACGGCACCACCAUCACAACCCUCUUCUACAAGAACAUGAUCGGCGCGCACCCCGAGCUCAAGAACUACUUCAGCCUAUCCAACCAGUCCAGCGGCGCGCAGCCCCGCGCCCUCGCCGCCGCCGUCUUCGCCUACGCCAGCCACGUCGACGACCUAGCCCAGCUGUCCGCCCUCGUCGAGCGCAUCGCGCACAAGCACGAGAGCCUCAACGUCGCGCCGGAACAGUACGCCAUCGUCGGCAAAUACCUAAUCGAGGCCGUCGCCGCCGUGCUCGGCGACGCCUGCACCCCGGACAUCGCCGCCGCCUGGACCGCCGCCUACGCCGCGCUCGCCGACGUCUUCAUCGAUCGCGAGAAGCAGCUGUACGCCGCGCACGCGGGCUGGACCGGCUGGCGACGGUUCAAGGUCCAGCGGAAGGUCGCCGAGACACCGGAGAUUACGAGCUUUUACCUGGUGCCGGAGGAUGGUGCCGCGCCGCUGCCGGGGUUUAAGCCGGGCCAGUAUGUGAGUUUGCAGGUGUUCGUCCCGCAGCUGGGACACAUGCAGCCGAGGCAGUACUCGCUCAGCGAGGCGCCGAGGGGCGAUUACUACCGUAUUAGCGUGAAGAGGGAGAGCGGGAGGAAGGGCGAGGAGGUGGGGGUGCCGGGGCUGAUAUCGAAUCUGCUGCACGAGAAGUAUAAUGAGGGGGAUGUGAUCGAGGUGACGGCGCCGGCGGGGGAGUUCUUUUUAGAGCCGAAGAAAGGGGAGGAGGAGAAGCCGGUCGCGCUUAUCUCUGCGGGCGUGGGACUUACGCCUAUGGUCUCGAUCCUCAACAGUGCCGUGGAUGCCGGGUCCCGGCGGCGCAUCUCGUGGAUACAUGGUGCGCAUCGCACCGAGAGCCGUGCUUUUAGCGCGCAUGUCCGAGACAUUGCCACGCGCGCCCAAGAUUCCAACGAUAAGAAGAUCAGCGCGACGUUUUUUGUGACUGCGCCCGAGCAGAAAGAUGUCCAAGGCGUCGACUACCACUUCGCCGGCAGGGUGGACCUCGCCAAGGUCGACCCGAACGGUGCGCUUUUUCUCGAUGAUGCUAGCGCCGAGUACUUCAUCUGCGGGCCGUAUGCGUUCAUGAAGGAUAUGGAGCGUUGGCUCGUCGGGGCGGGUGUGGCGGCCGAGCGGAUUCAUCUUGAGGUCUUCGGGACUGGAGAUCAGUAGGUGGGUAGUGUCCUGCGGGAUAGAUCGUGAUGAGAAAUGCAAAAGCGAAGUUGAGGCUGUUACCUGUGUAUUGGAUGUUUUUAUCGCCAUGUACUUAGAUAGAUAGAUAGAUUGUCUUUAUUUAGUCGGUGGCAUUUUUCUUGUAAAAGGGGGCCUUAGAUUUUUCGAGCGCCUUUAGUACCUAUUUCUAUAUGAAGCUUCUGUAAACCAGAUUUUCACGUUUGAAUGUCUUUUUGGUGUACUUGUGACUUUAGCCAAUAUCAAAAAUAGAGUUAGAUGUCUAAGGUAUGGCACUCUCAUAGAAACUCGUGGGUUGUAAGACAUAACUCCCCUUUUUCC